CCAUUGGCAGCCCAGCUCCGCUCAGUUAGUUGCACAUUGCUCUGCUCAGUGAGAUCGGGAGGCAGGAGCAGCAGCUGGAGGGGACGGCACAAAAAAAGGCAAAAGAAGCAAAAAGCCUUCGGUGUUCCUGGGAAGAUCAGCAGUGAUUUAAAUAGGAUCUUAUCCCAAAGGCAGGGGCCAGGCAGCCAACCUUCAACUCUGUAACCAGGACCAUUUGUGCUGUCCAGUGUCCCACUCUCACCCAGUCUCACCCACUGUCACCCACUCUCACCCACUCUCACCCACUCUCACCCAGCCUACAAGUCUCCAGCAGGGCAGAGACCAUGUGUAAAAAGCGAUGUGCCCCUGGGUUGGAGGGCUGGGAGACUCUGCUGCUCCCCAAAAGCACCGUGGAGCCCAAAGCAAGUGGCCUGUCUGAUUCAGAAUGAAGGGUUGGUCGGGAGGAAUCAAACAAACAUGUCGGUGCCUUUACUUAAGAUUGGGGUUGUCCUGAGCACUAUGGCUAUGAUCACCAACUGGAUGUCGCAGACCCUGCCCUCCCUGGUGGGUCUCAACACCACCAAGUUAACGGCAGCCAACGCAGGAACCUUGGAUAGGAGCACAGGGGUUUUGCCAACCAACCCAGAAGAGAGCUGGCAGGUGUACAGCUCUGCCCAGGACAGUGAAGGGCGGUGUAUAUGCACAGUGGUGGCACCUCAACAGACAAUGUGUUCUCGAGAUGCCAGGACAAAACAGCUCAGGCAGCUUUUAGAAAAGGUGCAAAACAUGUCUCAGUCGAUAGAAGUACUGGACAGGCGGACUCAACGGGACCUGCAAUAUGUAGAGAGAAUGGAAAACCAAAUGAAAGGCCUGGAAUCCAAGUUCAAACAAGUGGAAGAAACACAUAGGCAACACCAGGCCAGGCAGUUUAAGGCAAUAAAAGCGAAAAUGGAGGAGCUUAGGCCUCUGAUACCAGUGUUGGAAGAGUACAAAGCCGAUGCCAAAUUGGUAUUGCAGUUUAAAGAGGAGGUCCAGAAUCUGACGUCAGUUCUAAACGAGCUACAGGAGGAGAUUGGCGCCUAUGACUACGAGGAACUGCAGAGCAGAGUGUCAAAUCUUGAAGAAAGGCUCCGUGCGUGCAUGCAAAAAUUAGCAUGCGGCAAGCUCACAGGAAUCAGCGAACCUGUCACAAUAAAGACAUCUGGAUCCAGGUUUGGCUCUUGGAUGACAGAUCCACUUGCUCCAGAAGGAGACAACAGAGUUUGGUAUAUGGACGGCUACCAUAACAAUCGAUUCGUUCGGGAGUAUAAGUCCAUGGAAGACUUCAUGAAUACUGACAACUUUACCUCUCACCGUCUCCCGCAUCCAUGGUCUGGGACUGGACAGGUGGUGUACAACGGUUCCAUAUAUUUCAACAAAUUCCAAAGCCACAUCAUCAUCAGGUUUGACUUGAAAUCAGAGACAAUACUGAAGACCCGUAGCUUGGACUCGGCCGGCUACACCAACGUUUACCACUAUGCUUGGGGCGGACAGUCAGACAUUGACCUCAUGGUGGAUGAAAAUGGAUUGUGGGUUGUCUAUGCCACAAAUCAAAAUGCUGGUAACAUAGUCAUCAGCAAGCUGGACCCUAAUACACUGCAAAUCCUCAAAACAUGGAGCACAGGUUAUCCUAAGAGGAGUGCUGGUGAGGCCUUUAUGAUUUGUGGGACUCUCUAUGUCACCAAUGGUUAUUCAGGUGGCACCAAAGUGCACUAUGCUUAUCAAACCAACACAUCCAACUAUGAAUACAUUGACAUUCCUUUCCACAACCUCUACUCACACAUCUCCAUGUUGGACUACAACCCCAAGGACAGGGCCUUGUACGCUUGGAACAAUGGACACCAAAUUCUCUAUAAUGUCACCCUCUUCCAUGUCAUUCGAUCCGAUGAGUUGUAGCCAGGCGUUUUACUUGUGAACUGACCAAGAGAAUGGGAUGAGAGUGAAAAUAAUAGAGAAAUGGCUGCCAAAAUCAAAACCUGUCUUUAUCAAGGGGCAGACUUGACUGAAUUAUAUGGAAUCCCAUGUGAUCUCUAAGGACUGAAAAUACGGACAAUAGGGACAUUGUUACACUUGGGGAAGACCUUUCAAAGACAUUUAAACUGCACUUAAGUAACAAAAAUAAUGAAAAAGCUGUCUAAUUAAAGGACACACAAAAAAAUUAUAAAAAUAAGGCAGUGACUGUUGGUUAUAACCUGUUACGGACAAUAGCCUUUGCUCAUAGGGUCUGUUAGGACACUAUGACUGAUAAGGUCUAUGUAACGCAAGAAGAGCAAAUAAUCCACCUAGCUCAUCCAGAGAGGAAAUCUUCUCUGGAAACCUAAAUCCGUUUGGUGAUCUUAAGAAUCGAAGGUUCACUGUUGGCUUUUGUAGAUUAAAUUGGGGACAGAGGCCGUCCUAAGUCUCAUUCCCGCUGGACUGGUGGUCCUUGUGAUCUCCUAAUCAUGAUGGUUUCCAGUGCGUAUUCUAUAAGAAGUAGUCGUCCAUAUUGUUUAAGCUUAAAUGUAUUCAAGAAAAUAUCAUGUAUAACGUCUGUUGUAACCAGAAGUAUUCAAUUGUAUUUGUCUGUUCACUCGAUGAAUGUCGUUUCGAUUUGAAGUAGUUGGGAAUUUAUUAAGAGCAAAAUACUUUUAUUGUAAAAAAAAAAAAUCAAAUAAAAAGGUUUUAAAAAAAAAAUAUUUAUUA